AUGUCCUCCAGGCAAGCUUCUGUCUCCCGCAAGACAAGCGAAACAGAGAUUGAGGUCUUCAUCGACCUUGACUGUACCCCAGGCUCAAAUGUAAAGCAAAAAAUUGAAGUCUCGACCGGCAUCGGUUUCCUCGACCAUAUGUAUACCGCCCUCGCCAAACAUGGCGGCAUGUCCUUGACUAUGAAAUGCAAAGGGGAUCUAUGGAUUGACGACCAUCACACUGCAGAUAUGUACUCAUUGGAUCGUGUACUAUCGUCCCGCCUGACAACCGAUGCACAAGACAGUGCUAUCGCGCUCGGUGCCGCGUUUAAACAAGCCCUGGGUGAAGUCCGUGGUAUUCGACGAUACGGGACAGGAUUUGCUCCUCUUGACGAGGCGCUUUCGCGAGCAGUCAUCGACAUCUGCUCGCGUCCAUACUGUGUAACAGAACUCGGCCUCAAGCGAGAGAAAAUUGGAGAUCUAUCUACGGAGAUGAUUCCUCACAUUUUCUACUCCUUUGCGAUAGCUUCAGGAGUGACACUACACGUAGAUGUGCUAAGGGGUGAGAAUGACCACCACCGAGCCGAAUCUGCCUUCAAAGCACUAGCGCUCGCAAUCCGGCAAGCUAUCGAAAAGACGGGCAGUAACGACGUUCCAAGUACAAAAGGAGUCCUAUAA